UUUAAGCUAGUACAUCUCAACACCUUGGCUACAAAGACAAGUCUCACAUUAAAUUCACAAUGAAUAUAACAUCAUUUUCUAAUGAUUGAUUUCAUAUAUACAAAGAAAUCUCUGUUUAAUAUUGGUUAAACCAACUUAUAUGAGUAUCAGCACGUAUGAUAUAUACAGAAACACGUUUACCAUGAUGUACAAAGACACAAAACCUAGUCUCUUGAUAAAUGGAAAAACAGUUGUAUGAUAUGGUCAGUGAGUCAUUUUCGACAAUUUCCCCCCACACACCUGAGGUUUCUCAGAGACAGUUUCAAGUUGUACCUGAGGUUUGUACCGUCAAAACUACAGUUCUCUGUCUCGUUCGAAUUGUUAAUCCCGGUGGUAUAUCGGCGAAUGUGUGGGCAGCCACCUUGUAGUGUAUGAGUUGUUAGAUUAAGACGUGAAUGGCCUCAAAAAAUAAGUUAUUUUACAUGAAAAAUGAUAUUUACAAGCACAAAUGCUGCAUUUUAAAUCUGCCCAGUGUUUGUAAAAUUCACUCUGAUCUAACCAUUUCUACAUUUUUUAAAAGUAUUUUUGCUUUAUUUUGUUUUUUAAUCUUUAUAAGAACUGAAGACUUUAGUUCUUAGAAAAUAUUUGGGUCAUUCACUAUAUUGUUGGAAGGACCGGUUGUUUCCUCUGCGCACACUAACUGUGAAAGUUUCAAACUAAACCACUCUCCUCCUACCUCUCCAGACUUGACCCUUAGGGCCAAAAUGACAGGCUGUCAAUGACUGUUUGAUGUUAAUAUGCAAACAGAGACUCUGUCUCUGGAUUUUUUUUUAGUAUGUCAAUCACUUGUCUCUUUUUUGAUAUGCUAAAUGCCUUUUUGGAGAUAAUUUUUCUAGGUUAAGUUGCGAUUUGUGCAUUCUUGUGGAGUCACAUGAUGUACAAUUGCAGAUGGAAGCUGAAAGAAGAAACCACUUCUCUAUUACUUGGCUUUGGAACGUGAAUUUGGUCGAAUUUCUCAUAAUGAGAGAUGAAAAUUUCAGUUCUUUCUUUAAUAUAUAAUUGAAACAGACAACAGAUAAACUGAAAUCAAACAGAAUCUGUCUAUAAACCAAUUUGGAGUCACACAAGAAAAACAGUGUGCUGUAAAGAGCUGGAAUAAUCUAUCAGUGCCAUGUAUUUGUGCAUACAGAGACUGAACUAUACAGCACAUCUGUUGUAUUGAGGAGUUUGCUACAUUGUUGAAAUCUGUUCAGAUUAAAUCUCAACAACAAAAGAGAUAGUGAGCAUCUGACCCCAGCUCAUGAGGUUAAACAGCGGUGCUUUUCUAGUAAGAAAUCAAAUCAGGGAACUAUUAUGUUCAUGUUAAUGUUCUUGGGUUAGAAAUUGCAUGAGGAGCGAGUGCGUCACCAUGGUCACAUCGACACUGAGUGACUGAGCGGAGGGAGAGAAGUGCAACCAAAGAGGCAUGAUGAGCUUGCCUGUCAGUGUGUAGCAACAGGAAAUCAUCUGCAUCUGAUGUCUACCACCUCACACACACACACACACACACACACACACAUACACACACUUAGACACAUGAAACUAGAAGAAAAACUGUAUACAAGAAAACAACUUGAAGCACAUGGCCACACAUACACAAAUAUGCACUGUCUAUUUAAUACAGCAGCGACAUGCGCACAUAAAAAUAUAUAAAAAUGAAUGACACAUAUAAAACUGACAAUAAAACCACACACACAGACACACACACAGACCACAUGAUAGUUUGCUGUCUGAACUUUUGCUGAGCCCAGACUCUGUCAGAAGGAGAAAAUGUGUGUGUAGUUCCCUUUCUAUUGGUCAUCACUUCCUGAGGAAAAACAUGACCACACACACACACACACACACACGCUCACUCACAGUAGUCUCUGCUCCUGUCACUGCCACUGUCACUUCUUGGUCAUUUAGCGGACACUGAAGACUCUGAACCAAAACAGUAGAAGCAGGGUGAGUGGACCGUGCGGUACCCCGUGCGCGCGUGUGUGUGUUGCUGUCAUUCGGUUCAUUAUCUUGUCUGAACAUUAGCUGCUUUGGAUAGCCUUAAUAAACCAACAAGUACAAAGACCAAUCAUGAUCAGGAAGCUGCAGUUAAAUCGUACAUGUAAUCGUGGCAUCCAGUCAGUUAUGUGUGAGCAGACAGCAGCACUGAUCAGUGCGAUACUAGAGGUCAGCCAGUUUUAUUUGAUUUGCCUUGACAGACCGUUUAUCACUUUAUGGACAUGUUUUGGUGUGUAAGCAAGAUUAGCGCGAUAUUUGGUAGCAUCACUGUGUGUGUAGUAAGAGCACCAAUUCAGAUUUUUUUUUUUUUAAUGUGUGUGUGGGGGUGUAUUUCUGCUGUUAAUGCGAGACUCCUUUCAAUAAAACAAAUUAAAAUUAUGAUUAGCAGGACAUUUUAGGAUUAGAGAACAGCCUCGGUUUUGUUUUGUUUUUGUCUCUUUUAAAGAGGGAGGUGCAUUUUCUUUGAUUUAUUCGUACUUAUGUUAAUUUUGCCUCUCUCCUGAUCUGACCUCAGGUUGACUUAGUGUUAUCAGUGCUCAAUUUUCCUAGCUUUUGAAGUUGAAACAAAAAAAGAGAGAGAGACAAAAAUCAAAUUGAAAUCAGAGAAAGGUUGUCUGGAUGCUGUUUUACUCAGAGCUGUGCCAACCAGACAAAACUUGUGGUUUCUAACCUCCCACUGUGUCAAACUUUGAAGAUUUCUGGUGAGUAAAUUCAGUACCAACCAAGUAUGUGGGUUUUCAGACAAGAGGAGACUCUCGAUUCUACUGACAGGGCAGUCCAAACCUCUGCCUGACACCUUGGGUGCACAUGGUUUUCCAUCACUCUCCUGUUUGAUCGUUCAGGUGCAGAGGGGGAGGCCCUUUUCAGGUAAUUCUGUCCACUGUGGCUUCACACCACCAGAAUUUUUUUUAAUGCGUAUGAUGAUGAUUUUUUUCUUUCUGGGUAUUUUUUUCUUCUUUUUUUGCAUUUGAACUGCAUUCGGCCUUUUAAACUUUGCUGGGGUUUUUUAAGUACAUCUCCUACCAUCUCAUAUUGUAAACUAGAUUGCUUAGUCAAAUAAACCACAAUAUUUUUUACAAUGCAUGCUUUUUCCAGUGUCCCACAGCUUCCUUAUGCAGGACUAUCGAGGCAAAACUAAAGCGCACUAAUCUUUUCAAAGAAUUUGUGGGGACUGUGCAGACGUGCAGGCGGGCAUAUCUUUGUUUUAGUCACUGACAGCGAACCACAUACUGUUUUACAUGAAGAGGUCAGGAAGUCACAGAACUCUCUGCACUAACUCUCUUUCUUUCUCUCUCUGUCGCACUUCAACGCAUUCAUGUGCACAGAAAAGCUGGUAAAAUAAACAGCUUACUGUGCAAGAAAGAAAGAAAGAAAGAAAAGAGGAAAAGAACGCUCUCUUCUACAGGGGAAAUACUCUGCAACAUGUCACUUUAUCGUCAGGAUCUCAUAAAAGCAACGGCUAGAAAACUGUUAGACUGUUAGACUAAGGUUUGUUUAGUAACUAUGCAGCUCUUCUUUGUAGUGCACGUCUAUAUUUAUCUAUUUUUCUUCACUUAGCUGUGAUAUAUGAAAAAAAACUUGUUGCUUUUUUUUUUUUGCAAGAAUUUUUUUUCAGCUUUCAUGUGGAAACAGAAUAUAUUUCCAGCCACAUGUGUUGAAUGAGAGAUUGCCUGGUUUGAUAUGCGUGGUUCAGCCCUCGCCUUCAGACAAGUUGAAUAGUUUUUAUUCAAACAGCAAAGAUAAGAGUGUUACUCCCUUGAAUGUAGCAGGGCAGGUUCUCCCUUUACUAAAUAUAUGAGGCUGAUUUCUGUGUUAACGUCUCUCAUGUUCUUAACCGCUCUUUACUCUUGCCUGACUUAUGUUGAAUAGCACUCUUGCUGGAGUGCUGUUAAACACUCAAAAAGAAGAAUUAUGAUGCUGGAUCUUUUCUGACUGUAGGGGUUUUUUCUUCUUCUGCACAUUUUGCAUCUUUAAGUGUUUUUGUUACGCUUUGCUAGUAGUGCUUUAAAAGUAGACAUGGUGGACACCCAGCAGCUCCUGGCCUGGCCUGUUGGCUUCAGUCUGAACACAGCAGAUCUGCCAGAGCUGGAGGACAGCUCCCACUCGCUCGAAAUGAAACAUUUGUCCACGUUUGACUACGCCUCCAUUUCCUCCUCCUCCAUCCCUUCCUCCCUGUCUCCCCCGCUUGUAUCCUCCAUCCCUUCCGCUGGCGUGGCCUAUGACCUAAGUCCACCGCAGAGUGAAGAACACCUGACCAACAUGGACUACACAAACAUGCACAGCUACAGGACACAACCAGACAUGUUCAAUUCCAUCAAGCUGGAGCCCGAGUCACCUCCACAGUACUCAGAUAUUCCCGUGCUAUCCAAGCUCCCAGACGAUACGUCGGCGGCAGCGCUAAACAUCGAGUGCCGCGUGUGUGGGGACAAAGCGUCAGGGUUUCACUAUGGCGUCCACGCCUGUGAGGGCUGCAAGGGUUUCUUCAGACGCACCAUCAGGUUAAAGCUGGUGUACGAUCACUGUGAUCUUCACUGUCGAAUUCACAAGAAGUCGCGUAACAAAUGCCAAUACUGUCGCUUCCAGAAGUGCCUCAACGUCGGGAUGUCACACAACGCUAUUCGUUUUGGCCGAAUGCCUCAGGCAGAGAAGGAAAAACUGCUAGCCGAGUUCUCAUCUGACAUGGAGCACAUGCACCCGGAGGCAGCAGAUCUGAGGGCUCUGGCCCGGCAUUUGUACGAGGCCUAUCUGAAAUACUUCCCUCUCACCAAGGCCAAGGCCAGGGCCAUCCUCUCUGGGAAGACCGGAGACAACGUGCCUUUUGUCAUCCACGACAUGAAGUCUCUAAUGGAAGGAGAGCAGUUCAUUAAUUGUAAGCAGAUACCAGUCCCAGAGCUCCAGCAGCAGCAGCACCAGACCUCCGCUCUUCUACCUGUACACGGAGGCUACACGGAAACGCGCCCAAUGUCAGAGAGUGAGGUUAUGAGAAUGGCAGUCUUCGGUGGACAGGGAGAAGCAGACACUGUGGAGCUGCGUUUCUUCCAGAGCUGUCAGUCUCGUUCAGCAGAAGCAGUGAGAGAAGUGACAGAGUUUGCCAAAAGUAUCCCUGGAUUUGUUGAUUUGGAUCUAAAUGAUCAGGUUACUUUGCUGAAGUACGGUGUGAUUGAGGUUUUGAUCAUCAUGAUGUCGCCUCUGAUGAACAAAGAUGGGACCCUCAUCUCCUAUGGACAGAUUUUUAUGACGCGGGAGUUCCUCAAGAGUCUCAGGAAACCUUUCUGUCAAAUGAUGGAACCAAAGUUUGAAUUCUCCGUCAAGUUUAACACGCUGGAGCUGGACGACAGCGACAUGGCCCUGUUUCUGGCUGUUAUCAUUCUCAGUGGGGACCGGCCAGGCCUGCUGAAUGUGAAGCCCAUCGAGCAGCUUCAGGAGACGGUGCUUCAUUCACUGGAGUUGCAGCUGAAGCUAAACCAUCCAGACUCUCUGCAGCUGUUUGCCAAGCUGCUCCAGAAGAUGACAGACCUGCGUCAGAUAGUCACCGAUCACGUCCAUCUCAUCCAGCUGCUUAAAAAAACAGAGAUAGACAUGUGUUUGCACCCGUUGCUGCAGGAGAUCAUGAAGGACUUGUAUUAGAAUUCAACAGGAGAAGAGGACAAGUACAGAAAGGGGUGAAGAAAAAUACAGUGCUGUGCAAAAGUCUUGAGUCACCCUUGAUUUAAGAAGUAGGUUAGCAGUUUUAUUGAAACAUCUGAAAACACACAUGGGAAUACGUUAUAUAAAUCAAAAACAGAGUGUGUACUUUAAGUAGUUCUCUGGAAUAGUUCUCCAGGCUUCUUGAAGGACAUUCAAAGCUCUUCUUUGGAUGCUGGCUGCCUUUUCUUCCAUUCUCUGUCAACAUGAUCCCACACUGCUACAGUGAUGUUACGAUCAGGGCUCUGGGGGAGAAUAGUCCAUGAUAAUGUGGUAAUGUUCAAUCAUGUGUUUUUCUAUCCAGGUAUGCUUUUACUACAUUGGCAGUGUGUUUGGGAUCAUUGUCAUGCUGUAAAACUAAAAACCAUUGCCAAUCAAACACUUUCUAGAUGCCUUUGUAUGGUAGAUCAAAAUCUGAGCAUAAUUCUCUGCGCUCAAAAUUCAGUUUUGACAACAUCUCCUCCAACACCAUUGGCUGAAAUGUCGCCCCAAACCAUGACAGAGCCUCUGACGUGUUUUACAGGUGGUUUUAAAGAUUCACUGUUGUGCCUCUGUCUUGAUCUACAAACUGACAAGGACAAUGAUUUGAACCAAAAAGUUUAAGUUUGGAUUCAUCACUCCAUUAGACUGGUUGCCUGGAUUUCAGUCCGUUUUUUGUGAAACUUUCUCCUUGUUCCCCUUUCUUAAGAAAGUCUUUUUCAGUGAUGGCCAUUUCUGAUGAGGCUUCACUGAACAGUAGAUGGAUCAGCUGAAGGUGCAGAUGCAUCUCUCAGGUCUUGUGUCAGGUCUUUGCUGGUCUUUUCCUAUUUCUUAACAUACAUUUCAUCUGCUGUUUUUUAGGCCUGCCACUUCUUCCUUUGUCCUCCACUUGUUCUGUUUCUUCAAUUUUUUUAAAGACAUACUGCACACUUUGCUGAGAUAUGCCAAGCUUUCAGCUAACAGCACUCUUGGAAUCACUUUGGUGCUGAAUUUUAUUUUAUGCCUGUCAGACUGUCAAGCUUACCUUUAGCAUUUUUUAUACAUUCAACUAAAUAAAUUAUGCACUUUUGCAAUGGGCUGCUGGUAGCAAAGUGACUAAAGACACAUUUUCUUGGUUGUUUGCUAACUUGUCUGUAAAGUAGACAAUUGCUUAUCCUUACAGUUUGUUGUUGUUUUUUAAUCCUUAAUAGUAAGUGUUGAACAAACAAAACAAAAACAUUCCUCUGAAAAGAACCAGGUAUAAUGACUGGACUACAAAUGAGUGACAAAGCAGUCAAUGUCUACAGAAAAACUUGAACUAAAACUAAAGACAUUCAGAAAACCUGGAGAACAAUUGCUCAAGACCACUUGACCAAAUUACAGGAAACUCUGGCUCCUUCAAAGUAAAAUAUGGAGAAAUGAGAGUGACUGAAGACUUUUGCACAAUAAAAGAGAAUGAAAAGAGAUUGCUUUUAAAAUUAUGAGUUGAGAUUAAGCACUUUGUGCUCUGUGUAUGUGUUUUGGUUAUAAAGUCAUGUAGCCAGACAGACUGACUAACUGAAAUUGAGAAAGAGAUGAGGAAGAUGAGGAAAACAGAAUUCAGGGAAAGAAAUGCAGAAUCUGAGUAUUAGAUCUUGUCUAGACAGUCUGCAUGUGAAUAACUUGUGGUGCACAGUCAUUUUAGCCUCUGCUGAGCCUGAACCCUCUGCUGAGCAGGGUGCCAACUUAAAUAUGAAACUACCACCUAUUGCACCAAAAGUAGCGUCUGGGACAAACUGAAAGUGAGGGGAUUUUCUUACUGGCGAGCUCGAGGGUAAAAUUGUGAAUGUUCAACACAGCCAGCUUCAAGUGCCUCAAGGAGAAAUGUAUCACUGUGAAUAUAUGACACCAUGUCUCAUACAAUACAGUAUGUGUUGUUCGUGUGCAGCUUAUCUACACGGUCAAUUGCAGCCAUCAUAAGCAGCACCAGCAGCAGUGUGUACGUGCUUCAAUACCUCUGUGAAGACGCACAAAUACAUGAAUGCUUACACACACGCUAAAGCAAUGCUCAGACAGUCCUUUUCUGUUUUGGCAUCAGGGUGAAGGUGCUAUCUCUUUUUAAUCAGCUUUAUCCAAAAACAGAAAUCAGAUUAUUGCCUUUAACAUAUUUUAGACGCCUGCAGAAACUGUGAGAAACUGUUGAGCUGACCAAAUGCAAAUUGCCAUGAUGAUGUUUGCUGUUUGCUGAAAAAUAAAAGUGUAUGUGCCAUAUUGUGCCUUCAAGAGUUUAUCUUUAGCUGUUUUUUGUUUUGUUUUUUGUGAAGUUAAUGUCAUUUUAAAAACAUUAUAUAUAUAUUAUACAUAUUACAUGUAUGGUAUGACUUUUUUUUAAUUGUCAGAUACAAUUGAUUUUUUGGCCUUGGUUUUAUUUCAGAUUCUAAAAUACUGGUUUGAGUUAUAAUUUUUGCUAAGAAAUGAUUUUGUAUGUGUGGACCAAAUCUACUAUAUCUGAUCCAUCAAAUGUUGUUUGUGCAGACAAAAAGAGUGGACUGAUAUGUUUGUGGGAAAAACAGAAUAAAGAAGAUGUAAAUAAAAUAUUUUUUAACUUUUUACUUGAA